UCCUCUUCUUCGGGCAUUGAGCUAUGCUGGCUUCCCGCUGACUACCACGUCGUCGAUCUGCUGCGGUAACAUGGGGACCGUAUCGGAAAAUAUGACCGAAGUCCUGGCAACCGAAUCGGUGUCUCCGGUCACACUCAGCGACCACUGGUCGCGUCUAGCAAGACUGAUCCUCCUAGCUUCGCUCUCCGCAGUUGGAAGCGUUGGCAACGUGUUUAUGAUAAGCGCCGUUAUGAUCGAGGACUAUCUGAGAAAACGAGGUAACACCUUCGUCGUGAACGUAGCGUUAGCAGACGUCCUGGUCUCAGGACUAGUAGUUCCAGCGUCGGCGGUGGUGAUCCUGGCCGGACUGAAAGACAACCUCGCCGUGUGCAGAUUCCAGUGGUUCAUCGCCGUACUGUGCUUCCUAGUGACGGUGCUCUCAAUGGCCGCCGUCGCCACGGAGAACUACUUCCGCCUAUGCUACUCCCCCAACUUCUACGAGAGACUGACCAGGGGGAAGAUAACGGCGUUGCUCCUAACGCUGUGGGCCGUCUGCGCCUGUGUCUCGGGCAUGCAGUUCGCUCCGGACCUGUCCUUCGACUACUGCACCAGGAAGUACCCCGGGCUGAUCCCCUACCAGGCCACCGUGUGCGUGGUGCUGGUGUUCCUGCCCAUGAUCCUCACGUUCUUCUGCUACGUGAGGGCGGGGUACCAAGUGCGUAGGUUCAAGGGCAGGCCCAGCUUCAAAGCCCCCAUCACCUUCAACUGGGACUACGCCCUGAUGCAGGCCAACAUGUACAGCUUCGUCCUCUUCAUAGUGUUCUGGCUGCCGUUCGGGGUGGUGCUCGCGGUAGGUACGGUCCGGAGGAUCCCCGAUAGUUUGUUUUACAACCUGGCCUGGUUGGCGAUAAGCAAGUCUUGCAUCAACAGCAUCCUCUACUGCGUAUCGAAUCGGCACUUCCGCGGCGCUUACGUCAAUCUGUUUCACUACUGUUGUUGCAAGACUACAGUCUCGUUCUCCAGGAGGCAGAGGCCCGAGUGCGUUCGGCCUUCUGGGGACGUGAGGGUGCACAUUAUUCCGGGGUAUAACAUGUACUGCAGCCCGCAGAGGAGUCGCGAGACGCAGAGCAAAAGGUGCUCUACGAGGCUCAACGGUCGGGACAUAUACGAGUUAUGA